UAUUCUUUACUUGACAAACGACAUUAUCUUGUCUAUUGUCUUUGGUAUACUGCAAUAUGUAAUAGUAACCCAGAAUUUGUCUGAUGCAUUUGGCUUCCCCAGGUCCAAAAUGAAGAUGGUCAACUUCUUUAAGUAUGGACUAUGGACUAUGGACCCCCCCUGCAUCUCAAUGAACAACUACUAGAGUUUUUUCCCCUCAAAGGAUCUUGCCCUUGCCAAAGAUCUGAUAGAUUUUGGGAAACCCUUCCAUGGACUGUGGAAGCCUUACCAGUAUUAGCAAAAGGGGGACUGUAAUGGCAAUGGCAAUCGGCAUGUCACUUGUGGCUUCGUUAGUCGGUUCAUCUUGUGGUUGUCAUUUUUCAGCAAUUUACACAUUGGGUGAUUCAAACUCUGACACAGGAAGUGUCUCAGCAACAUUUGGUCGGGUUCCUCCUCCUUAUGGCGAGACCUUUUUUGGUAGGCCUUCUGGUCGGUAUUCUGAUGGGCGUCUGAUCAUCGAUUUUAUGGCUGAUGAGUUGAAAUUGCCUUUCUUGAAUGCAUAUCUGGAUGCUAUAGAGUCAACUUUCAGUCAUGGAGCAAAUUUUGCAGCAAGCGGAUCAACAAUUCAACCAGCUGAUAGCAAGUUAGUUGGGGCAGGUUUUAAUCCCUUAUCUCUGGAUAUACAGCUCUUGCAGUUUAAGCAACUUAAGGAACGCACCAACGAGCUUUAUGGCCAAGAUAUUAGUAUUACGGACAGGCUCUCCAGGCCAGAGGAGUUCUCAAAGGCCCUUUACAUGUUAGAUUGUGGACAGAAUGAUCUCCAUUAUCGCCUUGUAACAACUACAGAGGAACAGGUGAAGGCAUCCGUUCCCAAUAUAAUCAGUCAGUUUACUGUCGCAAUAAAGAAGCUCUAUCAAAAUGGUGCAAGAAUAUUCUGGAUACAUAAUACUGGUCCCAUUGGCUGCUUGCCUAUUUUUGUUAUAAAUUCCCCUCCAAAACCUGGAAAUGCUGACCAAGCCGGCUGCAUUAAAUCUUACAAUGAAGUGGCUCAAGAAUUCAACAAGCAGCUUAAAGACAGGGUUUCUCAACUUAGGGCCAAGCUCCUCGAUGCAAGGCUUAUAUAUGUUGAUAUCUACUCAGCUAAAUACUCUCUAAUUAGUGAAGCGAAUAAACAUGGCUUUGUUGGUCCUUUUAUGAGCUGUUGUGGGCAGUACGGUUAUUAUCACGUCGAAUGUGGCAAGACAUCGGUGGUGAUCGCUACUGAAAUUUUUGGGGCUUCUUGCAGUGAUCCUUCCAAACACAUCAGCUGGGAUGGCAUUCAUUAUACUGAAGGCGCAAACCAUUGGGUGGCCAACAAAAUUUUGGAUGGCUCCUUCUCAGAUCCCCCAGUUCCCAUAACCAGACCUAAAGAAUCUCAACCAGAUCCAAGUUGCCAGUUUCCAAAGAAUAAACUCAUUCUGUUAUGCUGCAUUACAGCACAGUCUUCUACUUCAAACUUGCUGGCAUUCUUUGCAAGAAAGAGGCUCCUUCAGCUCCCUGGAAAGAUACUGAUUUUAGUCCAGACGGACAUCAGCAUGGACGGGGCAAGACCCGGUAUUGGUGUCAGUAGGAGAUGGAAGACUGCUUCUGCUUGGGCUUCAAGAAAGAAUGUAAAAACGUUUGCAAUAGCAGCCUUCUUUGCUGUUGCCUUCUCUUUUUUCUUGCUCAGUGCAAAGCAAAGGAGUGUUGGUCAAUUCAAUGGUUGUGAUUUUCCGGCCAUAUUCAACUUUGGUGAUUCAAAUUCAGACACAGGCGGAAAGUCUGCUGCCUUCCGCCGGAUUCCUUUGCCUAAUGGCAAUACCUUCUUCCAUAAGCCAGCUGGGAGAUACUGCGAUGGGAAACUGAUCAUUGAUUUUAUGGCUGAGAAACUGGGACUGCCAUAUUUGAGUGCGUAUCUGGACUCAAUAAUUGCAAACUUUCAGCACGGAGCUAAUUUUGCUACAGCAGGGUCUACAAUUCAGUCACUGGAUGCCAGAAUGUUUAAGCAAGGGUUUAGCCCUAUUUCUCUUGAUAUACAACUUUUGCAAUUUGAACAGUUCAAAGAAAGAAUAUAUGAACUAUACAAAGAAGAUGUGAACUCAAACAUCAAAAGCAAGCUUCCAAGACCAGAGGACUUCUCACGCGCAUUAUACACAUUUGAUAUUGGACAGAAUGAUCUUAGUGCUGCAUUUAAGUCAAUGACAGAGAAACAGGCUGUGCAAUCUGUUCCGGGAAUAAUUAACCAGUUGGCGCAGGCUGUAAAGCGACUACACCAUCAAGGAGCAAGAACUUUCUGGAUACAUAACACCGGUCCAACAGGCUGUUUGCCCUACCAGGUUCUAGAUUAUCCUCCACGAACUGAAAAUAUGGAUCAAAAUGGUUGCAUAAGGUCUCAUAAUGAGGUCGCUCAAGAAUUUAACAGGCAGCUUAAAGAGACAGUUUCCCAACUCAGGAUGCAACUCCCAGAUGCAGUACUGACUUAUGUUGACAUUUACUCAGCUAAAUAUUCUUUAAUCUCUGAAGCAAAGAAGCAUGGAUUUGCAAAUCCACUUACAUAUUGCUGUGGGCAUUAUCGAGAUAUAAUGUGCUGGAGGAAGAAAAUAGUGAAUGGGACGGAAAUUUUGGGGACUUCAUGCGGCAACCCAUCAGCUUCUAUAAGUUGGGAUGGCAUUCAUUAUUCCCAUGCUGCAAAUUUGUGGGUAGCCAAUAAGGCUCUUGAUGGAUUGUUUUCAGACCCUCCAACCCCCAUUACUGAAGCAUGCCACCUGCCUCUUCAUUUGUAAUUCUAGGCCCAAAUCACUGGUUUGGGUCACAGACGCUAUUCUGCAACAAAAAUGUAAGUGUUCAUAGAUGUGCCGCUAUCUUUUCUUUUUUCCCUCUUUCUGUGAGACCCCGACCUUUCAUAGGGGAUAGAAUGUAAAAAAUCCUUAGUUGAGCUUGUAAGAAUUUUUGUUUUGAACUUAUUAUUAGUGUUUAUAUCUUGGAAAAAUUGAAAACCAA